GAUGACCAGAGACUGCGGACAGUACAGGAGAUGACCAGAGACUGCAGACAGUACAGGGGAUGACCAGAGACUGCAGACAGUACAGGGAUGACCAGAGACUGCAGACACUACCGGAGAUGACCAGAGACUGCAGACACAGUACCGGGAUGACCAGAGACUGCAGACAGUACAGGGAUGACCAGAGACUGCGGACACAGUACUGUACAGAUGGCCAGAGACUGCAGACAGUACAGGGAUGACCAGAGACUGUGGACCUUUGGGGAGGGAGGGGGAGCAGGUACCUGAAUUUGACAGUGCAGGCACGAGAAGCGCUGC